AUGGUAAAGGAGAUGGAAAGACGAUCGUUAAAAGGGAAGGCGUUCGCCUCUUUUAUAUCGACUAAAGUGGGUAAUGGCUUGUCGGUUAAUUUUUGGUCCGACCUUUGGGUUGGAGCGACUAUUUUAAAGCAUCGGUGGCCUAAUCUUUACAAACUAGAUCGAGAUAAGGAUUGUUCAGUAGCGGAGCGGUUUAUACAAGAUAAUGCUGGGACCCGAUUUCGGCCGAGGUGGAAACGGGGUUUGGUUUCAGUCGAGGAGUUCUCGGAACUGCAAGAUACUCAGUUUCUUUUAUCGAAUGUUGUUUUAUCAGGUGCAAAAGAUAAAUGGUUAUGGGGAGCGGACGGUAAAGAUUCCUUCACAGUAGCGAUGGUUAAACAAUUAAUUAGAGAAGACACGGCGGUCGGCCGUGACCAUAAAAUGCGAUGGGAGUCUUGGGUUCCGGCGAAAGUGAAUAUCUUUGUGUGGAGAGCUGAAAUGGAUCGUAUUCCAACUAAAGCGGCUUUGAUUAAACGAAGGUUAAACAUUCAAGAUGGUACGUGUGCCUUGUGCGAUUACGGAGAGGAAGAAGUGAUGCACCUUUUCACGGGGUGUAGUUUUGCUUUUGGAGUCUGGGAGUCAGUUGGUCGUUGGUGUAAUAUUACGCCUAUUAUGGCUUUUGAUUUUAAUGAUUUGUUGGGCAUUCACGAGCAGGUUUCCGGAGGCAAGUGGGCGAAGAAAGUGAUUAGAGGUAUCGUUAUGAUUUCUUGUUGGGUGUUAUGGAUAAAGCAGAAUGAUAGAGUUUUUCAUGGCUCUUCCCCGAAGGUAGUUGAUGCGGUUGCUUUAAUCAAAUCUUGGUCUUUUUUGUGGCUAAAAAGUAGGUCAAAAUUUUCCGAGUUAGUGUGGAAAGACUGGGUGCGUAAUCCUUUGUAUAUGAUGUAG